AUGGCGCCCGCAGCGACUAGCACCGAGUGGGAUCACGAAUACAACACCCUGCGCCGCCAGAAGCUAUUCCAGGAGCCUCCCACCGAUCGGUCUGCCUACCCCCUCCUGCAGGUAGCUGUAGACCCCCACAUCGAGUCCUUUGACGCCCUCUUCAAGCCCGAUGGCCUGAUCGAGAGGGGCCUCGCCGACAUUGGGACGAGAAUCUUCCUCGACGGCGAUGACAGAUCUGCACCCGUCGGCAGGAAUCGCCUGACCAUCAAGUACAAGAGCGUGCAGCUUCAGAAGUCGCAGAUUCCCAUCACCAACAAGUUCGCCAAGAACCGGGAAAUCUUGCCCGCAGAAUGCAGAGAGAGGCACGUCACGUACCGCGGCAAACUCUCGGCCACUUUCGAGUACAGAAUCAAUGGUGGAGACCCUCAGGAGUUCACCCGAGAGAUUGGCCAGCUCCCGAUCAUGGUCAAGUCGCGCCAUUGCCAUCUUUAUAACAACAGCCCAGCCCAGCUGGUUGCCAAGAAGGAAGAGUCGGAGGAACUGGGCGGGUACUUCGUCGUCAACGGCAUAGAGAAGAUCAUUCGGCUGCUGCUCAUGAACAGAAGGAACUUCCCGUUGGCCAUCAAUCGUCCGAGUUUCGCAAACCGCGGCCCCUCUUACACAGCAUACGGUAUAAUCCUGAGAUCCGUUCGUCCCGACGAAACCUCCCAGACUAAUGUCCUCCAUUACCUCAACGAUGGUAACAUUACUUUCCGAUUCUCUUGGCGGAAGGCAGAAUAUCUUGUGCCCGUCAUGAUGAUUCUGAAGGCUCUGGUUGAGACCAACGAUCGAGAAAUCUUCGAGGGCCUCGUGGGCGCUCCCAAUUCCAAGGGUAUUCAAAACACUUUCCUCACAGAUCGGGUGGAGCUUCUACUGCGCACCUACAAGUCCUACGGCAUAUACACCAAGGCCCAGACCAGAGCCUACCUUGGCGAGAAAUUCAGGCCCGUCCUAGGCGUUUCGGAGACCUUGUCGAACUACGAAGUAGGCACUGAAUUCUUGAGGAAAAUUGUGCUGGUUCACCUUGGCAAUGUCAAUGUUACCGAGGAGCAAGACUCCGACAAAUUCCGCAUGAUCCUCCUCAUGGUCAGGAAGCUCUAUGCCCUGGUGGCUGGUGACUGCGCUGUUGACAACCCUGAUGCGGUCCAGAACCAGGAGAUCCUUCUCGGCGGCUUUCUCUACGGUCAGAUCAUCAAGGAGCGCCUCGACGAGUUGAUGUCAACGGGUCUGCGUGCUGCUUUCCGAGAGUACUGGAGAAGGUUCCCAGGAAGGACGUUUACUUCACAGGAGUUCCAGAAGGACUUCCCUGCCAAGAUUUUCACCAAGCUGAGCGAGAACAUUGGGAAUCUUCUCGAGUACUUCCUCUCGACUGGCAACCUCUCCAGUCCUUCGGGUUUGGAUCUGCAGCAAGUCUCCGGGUUCACGGUCGUGGCCGAAAAACUCAACUUCUUGCGUUUCAUCAGUCAUUUCCGCAUGGUGCACAGAGGCAGUUUCUUUGCCCAAUUAAAGACCACGACAGUCCGCAAGCUGCUACCCGAGUCUUGGGGUUUUCUCUGCCCUGUACACACCCCCGAUGGCUCCCCUUGCGGUCUUCUCAACCAUCUGGCCCACAAAUGCAAGAUCAUGACUAGUGCCGUUGACGCUUCGGCUAUCCCACAGCUGGCCGCUGAGCUCGGAGUUGUUGACACCUCUUCCGCUGCUACAGAUGAAAGCGUCGUCGUUAUGUUGGAUGGCAAGAUCAUCGGCUGGUGUAAACCCACGGAGUCGCGCAGAAUAGCCGACACUUUCCGCUACUGGAAAGUCGAGGGCUCCCACGGCGUGCCACUACACCUCGAAAUCGGCUUCGUCCCCUCAUCAAACGGUGGCACUUAUCCGGGAAUCUACAUGUCUUCUGAGCCAGCGCGAAUGGUCCGACCAACGAAAUAUCUGCCCCUGGAAAAAGAAGACUUUGUCGGGCCGCUCGAGCAGCCUUACAUGUCCAUCGCAUGUACUGAGCCGGAAAUCAUUUCUGGAGAGUCUUCACACGUCGAAUUCGACCCUACGAACAUGCUCUCUAUCUUGGCAAAUAUGACGCCGUUCUCAGAUUUCAACCAAUCUCCCAGAAAUAUGUACCAAUGUCAAAUGGGUAAACAAACUAUGGGAACCCCUGGCACAUCUCUGCGGUACAGAACCGAUAACAAGAUGUAUCGUCUUCAGACCGGCCAAACCCCAAUCGUCAGAUCGCCUCUUCACAACGCCUAUGGAUUUGACAACUUCCCUAACGGAACUAAUGCGGUUGUCGCUGUCAUUUCCUACACUGGAUACGAUAUGGACGACGCCAUGAUUCUGAACAAGUCUGCGCAUGAGCGAGGAUUCGGCCAUGGCACGAUAUACAAGACCAAGAAGAUCACGUUGAAAGAGGAGAAUCGCACAAAGUCGGCCAAGAAUGUCACCAAGCUGUUCGGUUUCGCACCCAACACCCUUGUGCGAGGGUGGGACCGGAACAUGCUCGGCGAUGACGGCCUGCCUCACGUCGGGCGAUGCGUCCAGGAGGGCGAUGUUCUUUGCGCCUGGCAUACAGUCUCGGCCGACUACAGUGGCAACCUUGUCAACAGGGAUGGUGUCACGCACUACGAGAAGUACAAGGACUCCGAGGUGGCUUUCAUUGAAGAGGUCCGCGUGAUUGGCAGCGAAUCGGGCAACGAGCCGAUGCAGACCAUCUCUAUCAAGCUUCGGAUUCCUCGAUCCCCCAUCAUCGGUGACAAGUUCUCGUCACGUCACGGGCAGAAGGGUGUCGCCUCGCAGAAGUGGCCUAUGGUCGAUAUGCCGUUCUCGGAAUCCGGUAUCCAACCCGAUGUCAUUAUCAACCCUCAUGCUUUCCCGUCCCGAAUGACCAUUGGUAUGUUUGUCGAGUCGUUGGCCGGCAAAGCCGGUGCCCUGCAUGGCUUGGCCCAAGAUUCGACGCCUUUCCGUUUCGAUGAGCAGAACACGGCGGGUGAUUACUUCGGCCAUCAGCUCAAGAUGGCUGGUUACAACUACCACGGCAACGAGCCCAUGUACUCUGGUAUCACUGGAGAAGAGCUGGCAGCUGACAUCUACAUCGGUGUGGUGUACUAUCAGCGACUACGACACAUGGUGAACGACAAAUACCAGGUCAGAACGACGGGUCCUGUGGUUCCCACAACCGGUCAACCGAUCAAGGGAAGGAAGCGUGGAGGUGGUAUCCGUGUGGGAGAGAUGGAGCGAGACGCCCUGCUAGCACACGGUACUGCGUUCCUUCUUCAGGACCGUCUGAUGAACUGUUCCGACUACUCGCGUUCCUGGAUCUGUCGGACAUGCGGGUCAUUCCUGUCCAUUCAACCGACAGUAUCGCCGUUUGUGGGAAAGAAGAAGACUGUCAGCAGCGUUCGAUGCCGGAACUGUGCCAAGCGGCUGGAUGAGAUGGAAGACGUUGACCUCACCAAGGUCACAGGGGAGAUCUGGGAAGAUGGCCAAGGCACCCAGUGGGUGGGCGGAGAGGAUACGACCCUCGUUGCCGUCCCCGGUGCUCUGAAGUACCUGGAUGUGGAGCUCGCAGCCAUGGGAGUGAAGCUGAAGUACCGGGUCGACCCCAAGGACGCGCCCCGCAAAGGUCCUCUCGUGCAGACCAACUGGGAUGCGUUGAGUGCGGGCAAGAAAGCGAACGGCCUCCAGCCUGCCCUGGUUGCAGCGUAG